CCCAACCUCUCCCACUCGUAUACUCACUGCUACCACCGUCGCGACAAUGGCCGAUUUCAAGAAGAAGGUAUGGCUCGACGUCGAUCCAGGUCACGAUGAUGCAACUGCCAUCCUCCUCGCCCUUCACAGUCCCAAAAUUGAAUUACUGGGAAUCUCCACGACCCACGGUAACGCACCCAGUGAUCUGACUGCCAUCAACGCUGCAAGGUGUUUGUUGGCAUUCGGCGCGAAGCCUAAUAUUCGUGUAUACCCUGGCGCACCGAAGCCUCUUUUGAAGAAUGUGCAGCAUGACGUAGAGAUCCACGGUCCUGAUGGCUUGGGAGGCGUCGAAGGAUUGCCGUCUGGGACCGAUCCUGCCGUGUUGUCCUUGAUCGCCAAGAAUCCUGAUGGUUCUGUCGCUCGCGCCCUCGAGGGUAUGUCCCAGGACGUCAAGAGGGUGUGGAUCGAAGGGUCCGGUUCGGAGAAAGUGACCAUCAUCUCGAGCGGUCCCAUGACCAACAUCGCGUUGUUCAUCUCGGUAUAUCCUGACCUGUUGGACGCCGUCGAAGAAUUCGUGUUCAUGGGCGGAGGUGUCGGCCUCGGAAAUCGCGGCGCUGUUGCUGAAUAUAAUGUCAUGUGCGAUCCUCAUGCGGCUCAGAUCGUCUUGAACGCACCUGUUCGCGCCGUCAUGAUCCCCAUCAAUGAUGUUAUCAAAAAACUCCUGUCGCCUUCCGCAAUCGUAGGAUCGAACGCGCCGCUGCCCAAGCCUGAAACAAACCUCAGGUACACCCUUUCGACUCUCAUUGGAUAUUUUGCAGAGUCGUACAAGUCGACCUUUGGUUUUAUGGACGGCCCCCCGAUGCACGAUGCGCUGACGAUUGCGUAUGCUGCGCACCCCGAGCUCUUCACUGCGAAACGAUUCCGAGUUGACGUAGAGCUCGCCGGUGCCUAUUCCAGUGGUCAGACCGUUGUCGAUACAUGGAAAUACCAGAAGACCGACGAUUCGUGGGGCGCCAGCGGGAAAAAUUGCUUGGUUGCUGAAACAGUCAAGGCCGAUGGUUUCUUCGACAUGUUCUUGGACUGCGUUUCCCGUUGCGACAAGGUCUCGCCGUUGAACCUCCAGGCUUGAAGAUAUAAUUGGAUAGAUGACAGCGCGAAUGAUGUAUAAUUGUGGAAAGUAGAGAGAAGUCGAUUUGAAUGUACUACUACGUGGUGUCCAAUUGCAAGAUCUGACCGAAUCAAGACCGAAUUACUAGUCUCCCC